CUGCAGGCAUUUGCUGCGGGCUCCGGGACGAGCGCUCCGUCAGCUGCUGCGUCUGGGCUGGGACAGUGAAAAUGUUUAGUGUCAUCGGCGACACAUACACAUACAGGGGACCCCAAUAGGCAGGCUGGUGUGUCGGGGAGCAGGAAGCCAGAAGUGAAGUCGGACAUAAGUGUGCACGCACACAUAUGUGUAGCUGGCCACACGUGUGUGGACUUUAAAAAGAGACUUUAGUUUUGGUUUUUCUUUUGGUUCCUGGGGUGAACUUUCUGUUGAACAUUUUUCCCUCUUAUUUAAUUUUUUUUUUUACAUUGAAAAAAAUUUGAAUAUAAUAGUGUACGAAUCAAACCGUUGAAAGGCUGAGGCGUGCAGCAGACGGCAGAUGGAUCCCGUGGCCAGCAGCUGCAUGAGGAGCCCCCACCCCCCAGCCCCUGUCUGGGGCUGCCUGCGAAACCCCCACGCAGAAGGCAGCGGGGCCGCGGCGCUCCCCCACUACCCGCCAACCCCGUUCUCCUUCCACCAGAAACCAGACUUCCCGGCGGCAGCGACAGCAGCGUACCCUGACUUCUCGGCCUCCUGCCUGGCGGCCACCCCACACAGCCUGCCCCAGGAGGAGCGGGUCUUCACUGAGCAGCACCCCGCCUUCCCACAGCCCCCCGACUGGCACUUCCCCGUCUCGGAGGCCCGGCGCAGGCUCAACCCGGGCCCACCCGGGGGCUCCAGGGAGACGGGGGCCAGCAGCCCAGGCCUGGUGGACACCACAGGAGGCCCAGGUGAGGACUACGAGGUCCCCGGGAGCACUACCAACGAGACGGAGAAGAAGGCGACCAGACGGAAAAAGGAGAGUGCAGACAACCAAGAGAACCGGAGGAAACUGGAGGGCGCCAGCAAGGCCCGCAAGGAGAGGACGGCGUUCACCAAGGAACAGCUGCGGGAGCUGGAGGCGGAGUUUGCGCACCACAACUACCUGACCCGGCUCCGGAGAUACGAGAUCGCUGUAAACCUGGAUCUCUCCGAGAGGCAGGUCAAAGUGUGGUUCCAGAACCGAAGGAUGAAGUGGAAGCGUGUGAAGGGGGGUCAGCCCGUCUCCCCUCAUGGGCAGGACCCCGAGGAUGGGGACUCUGCAGCCUCUCCAAGUUCAGAGUGA